AUGGACUUUGUCUUUGACACUUACGAUGAUUACAGCGGCAAUUCGCGCAACAGCUCGUUGCCUGUUCCAUCGGCACCAUUGACAAUCCCUAAUUUCCCGCUUCAGGGCGAUAUCACGCGCAAGUUCUCCAACUUGAACAUAUUAAAUCACAUCAAGCCAAAGGGGAAGGAUCAAGACCAGGCCCAAGAUACAGUUGCCUUUCGGUAUGCCAAGUCGUCGUUAGACCUAAUUUUGUCAAGCUCCGAUACCCCGGCUCCUUUGGGCACGUCUUCAGAAACUACAGACUCCAACGUCUUGGCAGGACGGUUAAGCAGGGUCUUAAACCAGUUUAAUUUUGACUCCUCAAUUAGACAGUCACUGCUCCUUUUGCAAUCGCGGACCGAAGACCAGCAGAUCUCUGCCGAUGGCGGUAUUGAUUAUAAAAACCUGACCAGUCCAAACAUGUUGGGAUCAAUUACCAGACGUAAACUUCGUGGAGACAUUGAAAGCGAGCUUCUUCGACAGCAUUUCCAGUCAUUGAAGAAGUUCCAGCUUGUGGUGAAGAAAUUAAACGUUAUCAGACAGGACUUGGAGGAUCUGAACUCGUGUUACGACGAAAUUGACCAGAAGCUCGAUAGCAGCUUGAAAUCCGUCGAGACUUACAAAAAAGGCGUUAAGGAAUUGAUCGGACAACGCGAUCUGGUCAAGAUCAAAAAGGGCCUGUUGAGUGGGUUCAGAACUAAUUUCACAUUGAGCGUUUACGAAGACCAUUUGUUGCGUGCUGGAAACAUAGAUAGAGACUUCUUCAACGUUGUGGCCAAGGUGGAAAAGAUUUACUCAAGCUGUGAUAUUCUUCUCAGUAUGAACAACGACAAGCUUGGAAUCAGCAUCAUGAACCAGAUGUCUAAUUUGCAACAGAUUGCCAUUGACCGGAUCUCGAGUUUCCUCCGCAAGAACCUCAACUCCAUUUACAUUCAGAACGAUUUCGCACAAGAUGCCGAAUCCAUUGCCAAUUUCCAACGCGCUCUGGUGUUUGUGCUGACCAAAAAUAAGGACGAGUUUGAUUCCAUUGUGAGCGAGAUCAUUGAGAGUCGUUCGCGGAUCGUCACCGAAGAGUUUCUUGGCCAACUGAACGGGUACACCAACGAGAUCCGCACAAAGCCUUCCAAGUCAUUUAUCAUGGCCUCGUACGAUUCCAAGAGAUAUGUGAGUGACGUUCUUGCGUACCUCCAUAGUGUAAUUGUCAACGAGUUGGAGCUGGUGGAGAGUCUGUUCACGUUCGACCGCGAGGUCUCGACAGACCUGGCUCCUGUGAUCAGAACUGUCGUGAACAAAGUUCUGGGGUCUCUUAGUAGACCGCUGAAAAGCAGUUAUGAGACUAUUUUAAGACAGGAGUCCAAACCAGGAGUUGUGGUUGAGUUGUACCAGCUGUUGGAGCUGUACAAACAUAUGUUUGACAAGCUGACGAAACAGAACGAUCUGAUUGAUAGUCUCACUCAGUUGCAACACGACAGUUUCGAAAAGCUGUUGAUUCUGGUCACGCUGAAACUGCGAGAGAUCAAGGUGGAGUCCGAGAUCGAGGAGGUGGAUGAGGAAGUUUUGAGUUUGCCGGACUGGCUGAUCGACUUCUACUCGGAGUUCUUGGUGAUCUUUGACUACCAAAACUCAACCGACAAGACUUUCCUGAACGUGAGUGUGGAGUCGGAAAACGAACUUUUCCGUCUGCUUGUUGACGAACCCAUUGAGUUGUUGGAACGCAUAGUGAAGAAAUUAAGUUUCUCCAAAAAAUCGAAAACCAUCUUCACUAUAAACUGUGUGGACUUUAUUGUGUCCAAACUUGAGUUGAUUUCAUGUUUGGGGGGAAAACAGGUUACCGCACAGGGGGUUCUAGACACAAACAUCAAGUCCUUGAUUUCAGACGAGUUCACCCAGCUGCUACGGAACUCUGGUCUGUUUGACAUUUACAACUUGAUCAAUAUGAUCUACAAGCUGGAAGACGAUUUCUUCGACGUUGCAUUGUACGAACCGAUCACAGAGAACAAGCUGUUUAAUGUUUCGACUUUCCAGAACGCCGACCAGAAACUGCAGGAAUUCUUGAUCGGGUAUCUUGUUUCCAACGAGCUGAACAAACUGAUCUCUCCAAAAAUCCUCAACACCAUUUUCAUUACCUCGACUUUGCAGUUUGUCAAGUUCUAUCGCAAGCUGCGACUUGUUGUUGCCGAGUACCUUGUCGACAGCGACAACCAGCCGAUCAACGUGUUUCGCUGGGACGACAUGCACGUUGCUACGCUUCUAGGAGUGGAGGAAGCCUACGAGACAGAGUUGAGAAUCAUCAAUUAG